UGGAGAGCUGCCUUGAGGCGGAAUUCAUCUUUUGUCGAGGAGUUUUGUCGGAUUGAUGAUCAGUUUCUCGGUUUUUAUUGGUGGUUGAAUGUUAUUGAGUGAUGAGAGACGAGAGUUCCGAGUUUAUUGUUCAAUUCCAUCGGUUUUUAUAAGUUGGGUGUUUGGAGUAGUCCGCUUGCCUGAAGUGAAGAAUUCGAGAGCAGUGGUGCAUUCAGCCCUUCUCGAUGUGCUCCUGUAAUUGAUUAACAUCAGAAAACAAUGACAUGGAUGUGCAUUUGAAGGAGGACUAUUCUUACCAGAUGAAGAUGAACAGGGAGAUGUUCGAGGGCAAGGACUAUCCUACCCAGUGGGCACUCAAUCCCUCGAUGUAUCAGAAUAUGAGCAAUGAUGAAGUGGACUGGGCAGCCCUGGCUCAGCAAUGGAUAAAGAUGAAGGAGACAAUAGUUCCCCCAGCGCCUCCCCCUCCCUCCCUGAGUAACGAAUCAUCGAACAAUGGUGGUGGUGAGGCCCCCAUGGACAUGGACACCAAAGAGGACGACGUUCCUCCAGCCCCUCCAGCGCCCAACAUAAGUGGGCCUGACAACUGGAACUCGUGGAGUCAGUGGGGCCAGUGGAAUGCAGCAGCCCCAGGUGGUGCAUGCUGGGAGUGGAGUGGUGUUCCCCCUCCAGGUGUAACCAUGGGCCCCGAUGGUAAACCCAUGGGUCUUCCAAAUGUCCCAAUUCCCCCGGCCGCCCCUGCACCGCCAAUCGCCAAUCGUGGCAGUCACAGUGGGCACAAUACUCCUUACUCCUACAAUUCAGUGGCGCCUGUUCAGCCUGCUUUCAACUCAGGAAUUCAGGGAUACUGGAGUGGCGACAACCAGAAUCCCCCUCCCUUUGUCAAGGGAAUGCGGCAUGGCCCGAGGGUGCCUCAUCUCCGAGGUGAUCUGAUGAGAAAUCGCGAGGAAAAGGAGAAGACUCCUGAGGAGGACACUUCUGCUGUUCUCGAUGCGGCUAAACGUCGACAGCUGCCAGCCUGGAUUCGCGAGGGACUCGAGAAGAUGGAGAGGGAGAAGCACAAAGCUGUGGAGAGGGAGAGACAGGAGAUGCUGAGGAAGCAGGAACUGGAGGCGAGGAAAAUCGCCGAGGACGAGGCGAGAGCUGUUCUCAAUCCCAGCAAGAGCAAAUUUGACUCUGAUUCAGACAAAGAGGUGGAGCCAGAAGCUGAUAAUCCCAGCCAAGAGGAGGAUCAUAAUAAUUUUGAUGCCAGUCCGGAUAUUGUCCUGAAGCCGAGGAGGUCGAGGUUCAGGGAUGCUGGCUCACCAGAGGCCAGAGUUACGGUCAAUAAGGAGAGCAGUCCUGCACCCUCAGCUGUUCCAAAUUCUGUCAAGAGGUCUCGAGAGGAAAUCCUUCAAGAUGUCAUGCUGAAGGUGAGGCGUUCAUUAACAGAAAUAUUAUUGGAGGUAACAAACGAGGAAAUAUCGAACGUGUGCAGAGAAGUAUGGAAUCGCUCUCGUGCCAAAGCCCCUGCAGGAGGCACCCCCAUCGCAUCCUUGACCAACACGGCCCCUCUUGCUCAGAUCACUCGAAAACUCGGUCUGGGCAUCUAUGGCGACAGCAACAGCGAGUCUGAGGAGGAGCAGGAGACGUGCCAGGCUGAGGAGAACGACAGUGACAGUGAGCUCAAGGAAACAUUGAGAAGACGUCAAGCAGCCUUCAAGAAGACAGAAGAAGAAAUCGAGGCUCGCAUCCUCGAGGAAGAGGAGAACGAGCAGCAGGAAGAUGAGGACUCACGUAAAUACGAAAAUCACACGAACGACACACCUAUCGAAGAAGCUGAAGAGAACGAGGCCCAGAACUCGAGAGAAUCAUCCCCAAGUUCAUCAAGCAGUGGCCAAACGCCAAAGCACCUGCAGUCAGCGGACGCCCGUGACAACCACAAGUCCAGGAGCCCCAGCUCUCCCUCGCGUUCCCCAGAGUCCACCAGCAGCAGCACCUCCCCCAGCUCGUCCUCAAGCUCGUCCGCCUCCUCGGACUCCAGCAGAGACGUGAAAAAGCGUCGCAAGAGAAAAUCUAAAUCGCGGAGUCCAUCGCGAGGUCGAAAGUCCCGAUCUCGCAGUCGUUCUCGUGACAAGAGGCGCAAAGACUACAGAUCUAGGUCCUCCAGCAGGAAAUCCACCGUGAAACUGCCACGCGAGAGAAAACGAAGGAGUCGAGACGACAGAUCACGAUCGAGGUCUCGCAGACGCUCGCGUUCCUAUUCCAGAAGGCGCAGCAGGGAAAGAAGGUUCUCGAGAUCACGUUCAAGAACGAGAAAACAUUAUGGACACUCGUCGAAACGUCGGAGCAGAACAAAAUCAAAGGAGCGAAGGAGAUCGAGGUCGAAGUCCAGGGGUCAUCGUGAUGGUAAGAAGUCAUCGCGACGAUACAGGGAUUGAUUCGGCUCAGAACCAACAUAACAAAAGGUUGUAUGAUUCAUUCCAAUCUGUUAUUUCUAUUGCUUUGUCCCUUAGAUGGAGGAAACGACGAUGAAUUAUGAUUAUUAAUUAAUUGCGCAUGGUCAUUAGUACUUGAUGCACUCGAUUUAACGAUCGAUUCAUCAGAUGUACUUUCCCCUCUCCUGGGACCAUGAUCUUGAGGGUAUUUCAUUCUGUUUCAGGCUUCCGGUCUCUGGAUUCAACAGCUUCAAUGGUAUAAUAACGGUUAUUUACGAAUUUGAGUGGUAACUAUGAUAAGGACAGAGGAUGUGAGUGAAUGUUGUCCCUCUGAAUGUGAUCUUAUUUCUUCUCUUGUUUUUUCUUUCCUCUUCCUUUUUUACUUAUGAUAGAUGAAAUCCGUUUGCGUGAGUCAGAGACUGAAUGAACCAAUGAGUCGUUUAACAUUAAUGAGCAACUAAUGUAUAUAAUGCCGUCUUAUUGAAAUAUAUUCAGUCUUCAUUUUGACUUUACAAAGGAAA